GAGACGAGGACGUGGAGUCACGCCUCGGGGAGUUCCAGCACCGCGCCAAGGACCUCGGCUUCCACGGAAUGUGGGCACCAGCCUUGGCGACCAAUGCCAAGGGCCCGCAGGCCAACCACUGUGGGGUUGCAAUCCUGGUGCCCACGAAUGUGAUGAUCACGAAGCCUCCCGACGGCGACCCCACUAUUUAUCCAGGCAGAGUGGUGGCCAGCUUUGUCAAUUGGGGAGUUCCUGGUGGGAUGAUUGUGGUCAGUGCAUACUUGGUGACAAGCAUCGGUCUGACAGGUGAGAAUAUUUCCAUACUGUGGGCCAUCGCGCAGAGAGCCGCUUUCUGGAAUGCUGCGGGCUUUGACUGGAUCUUAGCGGGUGACUGGAAUUCUGACAUAGCAGCUCUGAAUGCGAGGGGGUGGAUUGAGUCUCUGGCUGGGUUGUCUUACACUCCACCGUCGGCCACGCGCUGCAAGGAGGACGGCAACUCGAAGAUUGACUACGUCAUUGCGUGUGCAAAUUUGUCGUCACGGCUCGGGACAGCAGUGGUGGUGGAAACGUACGGCACCAUACCCCCUCCGCACUACCCAGUUAGCAUUGAUCUCCUGGGCAGCGAUAGGUUCUGUCAACGGUUGCAGUUGGCUUCGGUGGUCUGCCAGCUUACGCCCCUGCAGUACACCAAGGUGCUGCAGGCGUUCUACGAGGUGGACCAAUACUGCCGUAGGAUCGCCCGCGACAAGAAGACCUGCCACCACUUAGACCAGGACACCGUCGACUUUCUGCUGCGAGGCUUGGGCAUGAUUGGCGACGCCGACUUUGACUCAGGCUUGGACAACAUCAUUCUGAAGGCCGACGCGGUGUUGAAGGCAGCGAGGUCGGUCUCGGAGCAGGCUUGGCGCGGCUGGGCCAAGCAGGCGUUCCUGGGAGGGGCCAGUCAGGCCCACGCUGCCUCCAAGGUGCGCGGCAAGCAGGAGCAGCUCAACUUUGACGUGAACGCCCAGCCGUACCUGCUGGCAAACCACACCCUCGACGUGUGGGAGGGCGUCUGGCGACACCACGACCUGUCGCCCCCAGAGCUGCCGCCAGGCCAUGAGAGCUGGCCUGCUCUGCCCGAGCUCGACCACCACCAAGUGCGGGCUGCCAUUCGCAAGUUUUCGACGCGUACGGCAGCUGGGCCGAGCCGUAUUUCACCUAGAUGCCUGGACGCUCUGUCGGACCAGGCGCUCGAGCGCAUCGCCAAGAUGUUUUUGCUUUUCGAGCAGUGGCUGUCAUGGAGACCAGUCUCGGCAGCGUGGCAGGCGGGCUACCAGUGCGACCAGGGGAUCCUGGCUGGGUGUACCCACGCCACAUAUGUCCUGUACCUGCUCACCUAUAGGUCGGUGCAGAGGGUCUCGAAGGUCUCCCCCACGGUGACCCCGAGGACGCUCAUGGACGAUAUAGGGCUCCAGCAUACCUCCCAGGACCCCAAGGAGGCCAAGUACCUUGCGCUUGCAGCGAAGGGUUUCAUCCAGGACUCCAAGGGCCUCGGCAUGAUCUUGAAGGCUUCGAAGUCUGGGGCUGUUGCUGGUUCUCGGAAGUUCUGGAAGGGGGUGCAGCACCACAUGGGCUCCAUGAAGAUCCCGUACAAGGGCCACAUGAGGAACCUAGGUCACGAGCUCACGGGGCCCAAGGUUAAUCGGGGUAUGGAAAAGAAGCGCCUCAAACAGCUUAGAGAGAGGAAGGCGAGGUUGUCCAUGCUGAAGUCUGCGGUCGGCAAG